UCUGCUGUCAGCACAGCUAGGUGUGCUGCUGUUGGCGCUACAGGCCUAUUUAUAGCCGUCAUCCAGACGAGGUUUAUAGUGAUGCCUUUGCAAUGACUCACAGAGCUGUUGACUUGAUUGAGGAAGUCCGUUAGUGACUCCCAGCAUCGCCACUAAUAGAGUCUGCCCGACCAACAGACAGGCAGGAAGAAAGACAUAGAGCUGGUGAGACUGGGAGGGAGACCAGAGGAGACUGGGUCUGAGUGUAGGAUGGACCUGAGUCAGAGACGAAACGACAGGCUGACGAGAUUAAAUAUCUGGAAACAAAGAAGCUGUUGUGCCAACUAAGAAUUUAUUGACAUAAAAAGGCCAUUUAACUGUUUUUCCAGCUGUUUUUUUCCCCCCAACUUAAAUUUUCCAGACAGGCUUGUUCAGCGCUGAAGACCACACAGAUAAAAGAGCAGGAUAUUUUCCAAAAAUCGACCGUUAAACAGUGAAAAUAAAGCUUCAGCCUCAGGAUUAUGGUGGUGUCUGCUCUGUCUGCGGAUCUGAGGGAGCAAAAUGCUGAAAUGUAAAGUCCACAGCCGUCUCUGCUCUCUGUGGUUCACCACGCUGCUGCUGCUCCAGGAUGUGAGCAGUGCAGCUCCCACAGAGGACCAGUCUGUCCCAUGCAGCAUCUCUGUGUCGGAGCCAGUGUCCAGUGUGGACUCCAUAUCACUGACUGUUACCACACCUGGACAGAACUGCUCCUUCACCGUGAUGUCGCUGGACACCGGAGCAGAUGGCGCCAAGUGUAGAAGAAGAGGAGACAAAGAAUUAAAGAAUGAGAUCAGGGGAAGGGAGCGAGGAGAGGAGGAGGAGGAAGCAAAGGAGAAGCAGGAGGGGAGAGAAAGGAACUACCUGAGAACCAACCAGCUAGGAGUCGAGGAUGAAGGGAACAAAGAUGUGAGCAAUGUUUUCACCUGUGUGUUGGGUCACCUGGAGCCAGGAACCGCCUACGAACUGCAGGUUCGAUCCAAGACGGAUGGAGAAACAGCCAACCUCACCCUGCACACCAGGCCGUCGGUAGUGAGCAGCCUGGCAGUGACCUCCAGGACCUGCAGCAGCCUGGGUCUUUCCUGGCAGGCUGGCCCCGGCAGUACACAGCGCUUCAGGCUGCAGUUGUGGGAGCAACCUGCGAGUCUGCACCGUCCGGGUCUACUGAAGAAUGAGACGCUGGAGAGCACGACAACACAACUCAAGCUCCUCAACCUGACGUCAGGACGGCUGUACAACAUUACCAUAGUCACGGAGGCUGGCGAUCUGCAGAACAGCAGGACGAUUGAGGCUCAGACAGUGCCCUCUGCUGUUUCCAACCUCACUGUCGACUACUACAACAGCACAAGCUUGUGGUUGUCAUGGCAGCCUGAAGGUGACCUGGACAUACUAAUCGUCACCCUCUCGACCAACGGCACAAGCCAAUGGCAAACGACACUUCCUCCGGACGCCACAGAGGUCACCACCAACCAGUUGACUCCCGGCUCGGCUUAUCAAGUCGCAGUGGCAUCCAUGAGUGGCGAGCUGAUAAACCAAUCAGAAAUCACUGUCAGGACAGCCCCAGCUCCGGCCUCCCUCCUCUUCCUGUCUCCCUCCUCUGAGGGCCUCCUGCUGUCUUGGUCACCCCCUGCUGGACACUGGGAGAACUACUGGUUGUUCCUGUUUGAUGGCUCCCAAGAGUUGGUCAGCACCACUGUGGACCGGGACACAGUGAACUUCAGCUUCCCUGGGACAAGACUAACACCUGGGAGGCAGUACAGAGCCGUGCUGAGGGUGGAGAGUGGAGGACUGACAGCAGAGAGCAGCUGUGAGGGAGCCACAGCUCCUGCCCCAGUGUCCGACCUCCACAUUCGACACUCAGAUGAGACCUCACUCAGCGCCAUGUGGAGCCACGCCCCCUCUGGGUCACGUGACAGCUACUUCCUCACAAUUUGCCAUGGUAAUGUCACCAUGGAUAUGAGGGAGGUGGAGCCAAACAUGAGGGAGUGCACAUUCAAUGUGCUCACACCUGGGAGACAGUACACCAUCACCGUGACAACCAGGAGUGGGAAACUGAACACCUCUGUGUCUUUGGAGGGAAGGACGGUUCCCAUGGCGUUGCGUGCCAUCACUCUGAGUAGCUCAGGAGUCGACAGCCUCCAGGCAUCAUGGGAAAAACCACCAGGAGACGUGGACUCGUACUCGUUGACGUUGCUGCAGGGCAGUGUUGUGGUUCACAACUACAGCGUCUCAGUCGGCUCUUCUUCUCUGAUGCUGUCCAGUUUAACGCCCGGCGCCCUCUACAGGAGCGGGGGGCUGCAGUCUAAACCCACCAGUCUGGAGGGACGCACAGCCCCAGCAUCUGUCUCUGAGGUAACUGUUGCUAACGGUGGCAGAUCAGAUGCUCUGCUGGUGUCAUGGCGACCAGCGGUGGGCAUGGUGGACAGCUACCUGGUUUGUCUUCAGGACGGGAGUCGAACCGUUCACACACUCGCCGUGUCGCACUCCUCACCACCACAGUGCUCCUUCAGGUCUCUGGUCGCUGGGCGACUGUACUCGGUUGUCAUAGUCACGAGGAGCGGCAGUCUGGAGAAUGCCACCAUGACUCGAGCACGAACACAACCUGCAACUGUGCAAAGCCCAACAGCUGUCCACUCUGCAAGAGACGACUUCCUCAGGGUGUACUGGCGACAUGCAGCUGGAGAUGUGGACCGUUAUGUGGUUCUGAUCCAGUACAACCACAGCGUGCUGCAGAACAAGAGCGUCUCCGCCGGACACAACGAGUGCGUGUUCUCAUCUCUGAUGCCAGGCAGACUCUACACCAUCACCGUGGAAACCUGGAGUGGCGACUACGUCAGCAGCGUCUCCAUCGAUGGACGCACCUUUCCAGCAGCUGUGGCAAAUCUGUCGCUCGGCGACGCAGGAACAGGUGAUCUGACUGUCACCUGGAGCCCCGCCCCUGGAGAUGUGGACCACUAUGAGGUCACUCUACUCUUCAACGACACUCGGGUUUUCCCUCCGGUCACAUUGGGCAGCGAGGUGCAACAUCACCAACUGACCUCUCUGACCCCUGGGCGCCUUUAUAAGAUCGUGGUGUCAACGUUCAGCGGAUCAAACCAGAGAGCGCAGUUCAUCGAGGGGCGGACAGUUCCUAGUGCAGUAGGAAACCUCCACCUGGACCCUCAGCCCGGUCUGAUGGAUUCAGCUGGAGGGCUGCUGGUCUCCUGGACACCUGGAGACGGAGACCUGGACAUGUACAUUGUCUCCCUGUCAGCUCCGGACGGUGCUGUUGUCGAGACUCGUCGCGUCCCCAAACACGUCACCUCCCUGGACUUCCUGGGUCUGAUCCCAGGCCACGCCUACACCAUCACCAUCCAGUCGCUGAGCGGGGAGCUGAUCAAUAGCAACACAGCCACCAGCAGGACGGCACCGGCCAGAGUCACGGCCCUGCAGGCCGACAACGACCACACCACCCACAGUCUCACCGUCAGCUGGGAGGAUGACGGCUACAGUCUGCAGUUAUUGGAUGAAGCUGACGUUGUCGUGGCCAAUCGGUCGGCCCCUAUGGAGAGUCGGAGCGAACUGCUGGAUGGUCUGACCUCAGGGAAGUGGUACCGGGUUAGGGUGGUGACGCUGAGCGGCGGCGUCCCAUCGCUGGAGGCCACAGCAGAAGGACAAACUCGUCCGGCUGCCGUUGGUAAUCUCACGGUCACUUCAGCCAACACCUCCUCUCUCACCUUCUCCUGGCGUCCCUCGGACGGCCGCGUCGACAUCUACGACAUGUCACUUUACGCUGUCGCUGAGUUAACGACCAAUCACAGACAGGCCGCUGCAGCGAGCAGCAAGGAGCAUUACCAGGCUGCGGGUGAGCUGGUGGACCUGCAGAAGGUCGGUCCAGUUGCAGACAGCUGUGUGUUCUCUGGCCUGACAGCGGGACGUCUGUACAGGCUGCAGGUGGUGAGCUGGAGCGGAGGCAUGAGCAGCGACUCGGCUGUGCUCGCCCGGACCGUCCCAUCUCCAGUCUCGUCUCUUCAGGUUCAGAGUUCAGGGCAAACGAACCGGCUGAUGGUCAGCUGGCAGCACGGCGAGGGAAGGUGGAGCAGCUAUGAGGUGGUGUUGUAUGACAUUUCGGGGGCCACUCUGGGAACUCAGAUGCUGGGGGUGGAGCACAAGAGUCACAUGUUCUAUGGGCUGAUCCCUGGCAGGCUGUAUCGUGCUGAGGUUGUCACACACAGCGGGGAACUGACCAAUAAUGUCUCAACCUUCGGACGCACCUCUCCAGAGCCGCCCACCCACCUGUCUGUCAAACAAGGCUCAACUAAUGAGACAAUAGAGCUGUCGUGGUCCGGUCCUACCUAUGGAGACUACGAUAACUUCAGUAUUCAGUGGACCCCUCCAGACCGCCUGUCCAUCAUGCAGACUCACCUGACCUGGUGUGUCGUGGGUGGGAUGUUUCCAGGGCGACAGUACAACUUCACUGUGAUGACUCUUAGUGGCGGAGGGGCUGUGGGCGGGCCCAGAGUCAGCAGCCAGCCAGUCCAGAGGAGCGUCAGGACAAGUCCGUCUCCUCUGAAGUCCAUCCACUGCUUCCCCUUCUCGUCGUCCUCCAUCUCCUGCUCCUGGUCGCCUCCCGCCUCUGACUUUGACUCCUAUGAGGUUGAGUGUCGUCGCCAUGACGAUGGGGAGCUGACCUCGGCACUGAGGCUGGCGGGAGGUGUCACCGCGGUAACGCUGGACCACCUAGAUGCUUUCAAGAAGUACGCUGUGACGGUCAGAGUGUCAUCGGCUGGACAUAUGAGUCCACCAGCGACGUACACCACCGUAACCAUGAUAGACCGUCCACCAGUCCCGCCUCCCAGCGUUCGGGUCAAUGAGAAGUCAUCAAAGGUCACAACGUCCUCCAUCUUGUUUCGCUUCAACUGCUCCUGGUUCAGUGACGCCAACGGAGCCAUCCGGUACUUCACUGUGAUUGUGGCUGAGUCUGACGCCACUGAGCUCCUGCAGCCCGAGCAGCACCACCCUCUGCCCUCCUACCGUGACUACGUCACCAAUGCCUCCAUCACAGUGUAUCAGACAGCGUAUUUCCCCAGCCGCUGCCCCCAAGACACCCAGACGUCCGCUGCACAGGUGGUGGAGGUGAACCUGGGGGUAGGAGGGGACCGGCUGGGCGGGGCCUGUGAUCAUUAUCACGCCGACGACCUUUACCUGAGUGACAGCUAUGGUGGCUUCUGCGACGGCCCACUGAAAGCCAGAACCUCCUACAGGCUGAGUGUCCGAGCCUUCACCAGACUGUUUGAUGAAAACCGCCAAGAGUUUGCUCAGCCGCUCUUCACUGAUGUAUACCUGUCCGCCCCACUCAGGACGCAUGCAGAGCCUCUAGGUGGCGUCGUGGAGGGUUUGAGUGCCGGGAUGUUUCUCAUUGGGAUGAUGGUGGCCGUCGUCUCUCUGCUGGUCUACAGACAGAGGCUACGCAAAGUGGCUGUACAGGAGAACCCGGUGGUGAGGAUGAGUAUGUGGAAAGAGGUUCCAGCAUCAGGGAUGUACAGUGGAGUCAGGAGCAACCGUCGGGUCACCAGUCCUAUCAAGGCCUGCCACUUUGAGUCUCACCUGAGUAGGCUGCAGGCCGACUCCAACUACCUGCUGUCUGAGGAGUUUGAGGACCUGAAGGAUGUGGGCCGCAACCAGACGAUGGAUGUGGCCCGGCUACCGGAGAACCGAGGAAAGAACCGCUACAACAACAUCCUGCCGUACGAUUCCACCCGAGUGAAGCUGUCGUACCUCGAGGACGACCCCUGCUCUGACUACGUCAACGCCAGCUACGUACCUGGGAAUAACUACCGCAGGGAGUAUGUCGCCACCCAGGGCCCACUGCCUGGCACCAAGGACGACUUCUGGAGGAUGGUGUGGGAGCACAGAGUCCACAAUGUUGUCAUGGUGACGCAGUGUGUGGAGAAAGGACGGGUGAAGUGUGAUCAGUACUGGCCUGCGGACACGGAGCCCCUGUACUACGGUGACCUGGUCAUUCAGAUGCUGUCCGAGUCCGUCCUGCCAGAGUGGACCAUCAGAGAGUUCAGGAUCACCUCGGAGCGUGGCAGCAGUUACCCUCGGCUGCUGCGUCACUUCCACUACACCGUGUGGCCCGAUCACGGCGUACCGGAGAGCAACCAGUCCCUGAUCCAGUUUGUCAGGACAGUCCGGGACUAUGUGGACCGAUCCCCCAGCACCGGAGCCACCAUUGUACACUGCAGUGCUGGUGUUGGUCGUACUGGGACAUUCAUUGCCUUGGACCGGGUUCUGCAGCAGCUGGACUCUCAAGGAACCAUCGACCUGUACGGCUGUGUGUUCGACCUCCGCCUACACCGCCAGCACAUGGUCCAGACCGAGUGCCAGUAUGCCUUCCUGCACCAGUGUGUGCGUGACGUCCUGAGAGCCAGAAAGCACCGCACUGAGCAGGAGAAUCCUCUGUACCCCAUCUAUGAAAACAUCAACCCCGAGUACUGCCGCGAUUUCAUCUACACCAGACGCUAGACACACGCUGACAUCUGUCUGACCAAGGAGAAGCUUCAUCAACUUGCUCCAUCAUCAUUAAAACAUCUGGAACAUAUAUAAAAGAAUAAACAACUAGAAAACGUGUAAAUAGUGUGAUGCAGGUCAAUAUUUUACCAGUUAGUUUUUUUUUUAAUCUCUAGUUCUUUCAUUUGUACUCUAUCGCUGCAUCUCUGUCAUGUCAACCAAUGGUCAAGUUUCUCGAACUUUAAUGAAACUACAGAAAAUAAAUUGGAUCUUUAAAAAUCCAUGAUCCCAGUUUUAAGUCUGAGGACACAUUUUAAAGGUCAGCGUUUGUCAUAUGCAGUUAGGAAACGUGUUUCCCUGUACAAUGAAAUUCUCACUUUGCCGUCCACAUGAAUGUCACACAAUACAAGUGAAAUAUAAAGUGAAAUAAAUUAAAUACAGUUCUAGUUGGCUAAUAUUUUAGUCACAUUUGUGUUAAAAAUAAGGCUGUUUGAGAUUAAAUUUGAAAAGUCUGAAACGCAGAGUCCUGUUAAUGAUUGUCAUGAGUUGAAACACCAGCUGAGCUCAGGCCAGUAUCAAUGUUCAGACGCUGAUCACGGGGAUGAGCCAUGUAUUUUUUAUUUUUUUUAUAUCCUCCCUGACUGCUCCAUAUAAGCUGUUUAUUUAAAAGUUCUACAUAAUGUUGUAUGUAAAUAUUGAUGUAUACUCUUUUCUUAUAAAUGUUUAAAAAAGUUUAUUUUCAUCCAGUGUAAUAUUUAGAUACCUACAAGAAUCAUUCUGCUGCAUUCAGACUUAAGUUUACUGUAACUAUAGAUUUGAAAACCGGAGUCAAAGUCCGUGUGUUCAACACACCUGACCAGUAAAGCUGAUUCUGAUAAUAGUUUAUUUGUAAAGGAUAAAUGUUUUAAGAUGUAAAACAUCAGUCUCAUGAGGUAGAGUCUGAAUACAAAGCAGGAGCUCAGCCUUUUCUGCCUGUUUUUAAAAAAACAUUGGUGUUCAGUUGUAAAUGUAUUUUCUGAGAUUUACUUUUUCCUCCCAUUUUACAAGCAAUAAAAGUUGUAAUUGGAGUUGAAUUAAAUAUUUGUACAUCUGACUCAAGUGCUGGACAAGUUUAAUGGUUUUUAAAAUGAUUUCUACACAUACAAUAUGUUUUUAAUUUUAAAAAAGACAUAAUGAGCUUUAUUUUAAUUAAUGAAAAUGACAUGGGAUUAGUAAAUCAAUAUUGUUUUUUGGGUUUUUUUUUAUUAAUGGACCUUAUUUCAGAUUUAACACAGUAUCGGUUAUUUUAUGUAUGAAUUCUGCAUAUAUCUGUGGUAUUACAGUGCUGAUCGAAGCCGGCCCUCAGAAGGUAUGAAGCAGUUUUUAUAACCUUCUGUCACAUCACUGGAUUAUAAAGUGCUG